AUGGAGCAGCAAUCUAAACUGGCCGAUCUCCGGCUCGUGUCAAAAUACUUCCCUGUAUCCAACUACUCCUAUCCACGACCCCAUACUCCAAGCUAUCCACGAGAAGAGAUGAGGGACAGGGUCUCGCUGGGGUCGGACUCCUCGGUUCCCGGCAUGGUGGACGACCACGGCUCCGAUGUGUCGGCGGAGGAUGAAUAUCAGUACCACGCCACGGCUGCCGAGCUCUGGGAUUCCUUUUGGAAGGCGAGGCCCCAAGAACGAUUAUCACGGAUGAGGAGCUAUCCCGCCCUCAUCAAGUUGCCGUCUGUCCGGCAGAAGCAGCAACCGCAGGUCCAUAACCAGCAGCAACCGCAGGAGCAGCAGCGGCGCACGGGCUGGCACCGACCUCAGAUGACAGCGGGUAAUAAAGCCCUCUCACAGGACGGACUGCCCUGGCCACUUCCAACCGCUGAAGAGGAGCAGCGAUCGCGAACACCGGUGCCCAGAACAGCAAAAGGCUCGUGGACUCUCUUUCCUCGUGCGGCGGCGGACUCCGUCGGCCAUGCCAUAGCCCCUCGGACUUCUUCCUUUCUCCAUCCCGGGACACCAACAACCCCUACCCAGGUCCCGCCAACGUCCAGACUACCGGUCCGCGGCCGCGCGAGCAGGCCGAAUCUGGCAUCACCGUCGGGAUCUAUCGCGUCACCACCCCUAUCUGCACCCGUCUCACCCCCCCUAUUCCUCUCCUCCCCGCCGCCUCCCGAUCCAGCGGCCCAGGCCGAGCCUCCGAAGCCACGCCUGUCGAUGAGCCGGCGAUCGCUCGCCAACCUGCGCAAGCUAGCGAGGACCACCAGCGCCACCACCACCACCACCACCACUCCCACUGUCACCACUGCGCACAACGUGCAGUCUCAACAGCAGCAAUAUCACGCGCAUGCCGCUGCCCACACCCAAUUCCAAGCUCAAUAUCAAUCCCAACCCAGGACACAAGCACGACCACCGACGCCCCACCGACCUCCACCCCCCCUCCCAGCCCAGAGGCCCUCGCCACCACCACAACCCGCGUCACCACUCCUCCUCGCAUCACACCCACCAUCACCCGCGCCACCGCCAUCCCCCGCACCACCACCCACCCCCUUACUCCCCCCGGCCCCCGUCGUCUCCGUCUUCGAGUACGACUCGGACUCGGACACCAACAACCCGCACGACGACGACGACGACGACGACGACGCGGACGACAGCGACGGGCCCCGGUCGUCCCGCAGCCUGGCCAGGCGGAUCGUGCGCGGGCUCGCCGGCCACGGCAAGCGCAGCAGCGGCGGUGGUGGCGGGGGUGGUGGCAAGCGGAGUACCGGCGGAAACGGGAGCGGGAGGGAUACCCGGCGUCGUCGACGACCGGCGCCCGCGCAGCGCGUCCGAGUGGGAGGAGGGGGGGCCCGGCGGAAAUAG